CUCAUUUUAGAUUGUUUAAAGCAAUUUAGGUGGAGUUUGAACACAACGUAAAGUUUCAACGAAUCUAUUUCAAAGAAACGAGCUUCCAUAAAAAUUGAAAGCAGUGGGCAUUUCCGGGCAAAACAUCCAAGUCUUUCUUUCUUUUUUUCGCCUGCAAAUCUAGCCGGGUAUCAAAAUCUGUGUCAAAAAAUGUAUCUUAAACAGAAACGGGAGGAGAUCUGCAGAGAUUUGUUGCGAAUCCAAGAGCGCGCGAGCGAGGCAGGGAUAUAUGCCGCGCCACAUGGAGUCGAUCGUCAUAAAAUUCCUUUUCCCGCCGCCAUUUCCAUGCCUCCUCUCGCUUUAUUGUCUCGUGAUCUCAUCCGCGCGCGCUUCCUUCUCCUUCCCCCCUCCUAUUUAUACCUCUCCUUGGGCGAUCCCAAGGCCACAACAAGGAGGUGGUGAGGGCAGGAUUCGAGUUCAUGGAAGGAGGAAAGAAGCCGUCUUCCUCGAUCGCCGACGAGCUCUUCCCCACCGGGAAGUACGCGCCUCCUCCCUCCACCUCGCCCGGCUACUUCAGCAGCGUCUUCCCUCCGGCGUCCUCGGUUUUGGGCAAAUCUCAGGGCAAUCCUUCAAAAACACAAACAGUGCGGAGAAAGGAUGGCAAAUCUGUCUCGCCCAGUCGAUCUGAAGAAUCGGCCUACUUUGGCUCCUCCGUUCACUAUGGUGGUCGGGAUUUCUAUGACAGCUCUGCAUCCAACCAACCAUCUGGAGCUCCAAAACCUUGGUUUCAGAUUAAAGAUUUGGACAAGGGAGAGAAUUCCAAUGAUCCCAACGCUGCCAACAGAGGUGAAUGGUGGCAAGGUUCUCUGUACUAUUGAAGACACCAACUCCAUGGUAUGCUCUCCAAUCAAUAUAGGAAAAGGUCUGUUGGUGAUUGCUGCUGAUUCAUAUGGUACUCAGCCAGUGUCAACUUAAUCAAGCCAUGAAGUCUUUUUUUUUUUUGGGGGAACAUGUCGUCUAGUUUAGGUAUAAAGGAACUCAGAAGUUGUUUAGGGUGUGCACUGUACUGUUUCUGGCCUUCGCCUCUAGCUUUUAUUCUUGUGAGGUUGCGAGGUCGUUCAUAAUGUAUCCUUGAUAUAUGCAAUAAGAAAGCAAGCUAAGCAGGUUUUUUUC